UGGCACGAAGAAGAAGAAGGAAGUGGAAUUACGUUUGUUGUCACGGUCACAUGCUCAAGUCAAGCUCGAUCAGCUGACUGCAUCCCUUCCCUUUUGAUGGAUAGAUUUCCCUUCCUCAGUUGAACGAUUUUGGGGUUAUUCAGACCGUUCGACGUCAAUUGUAAAUACAAAACUGAAGGUUGCAUAGUGAAAUAGUCCGGAAAAUAUCGCGGUUUGGGUGAUCAUGAACGGACACGCCAUUCUCUACACCGGGGUCACUUUGGCCUUCUGGAGUACCAUUCUCAUCGUCGGUAUUUGCUACACGAUCUUUGACCUUGGAUUCCGCUUUGAUGUGGCAUGGUUUUUGACAGAAACCUCGCCCUUCAUGUGGGCGAACCUUGGAAUUGGCUUGGCUAUCUCGCUCUCUGUUGUUGGAGCUGCUUGGGGCAUUUACAUCACAGGUUCCAGCAUCAUAGGAGGUGGUGUAAAAGCACCACGGAUUAAAACAAAGAAUCUGGUCAGCAUUAUCUUCUGUGAGGCUGUAGCCAUCUAUGGGAUCAUCAUGGCGAUCGUUAUAAGUAACAUGGCUGAGAGCUUUAGUGGCACCACACCAGAGACCAUUGGGGCAAGGAACUACCAAGCGGGCUACUCCAUGUUUGGCGCUGGUCUUACUGUGGGAUUCUCCAACCUCUUCUGUGGCAUCUGUGUUGGCAUCGUUGGUAGUGGUGCCGCCCUGGCAGAUGCUCAGAAUGGCAGCCUCUUUGUUAAAAUUCUUAUUGUGGAAAUCUUUGGCAGUGCAAUUGGGCUAUUUGGAGUGAUUGUGGCCAUCUUGCAGACGUCGAAAGUAAAAAUGGGUGACUAGAAGAUUCAUCUUCAAUAUGACAAGAUCAAUGGAAGACAAAGCUGGACAAGCAGAUGGAUUGUGUAAAUACAUAGUAAAUGAUUUAAAUGUAUUUUCUGUCUGAUUGUUUUGAACCAUCAUUUGCUGAAGAGUGACAUAUUUGCACCAUUUUGUCUUAAAGGAAUGCAGCCAAAUGGUUAGAUUAAACUGCAGGUGUUUAAGACAAAAUCCUGUCCCCUUUGAAUACAAUUGGUCUUCAUAGUACAGUGGUACAUAUAAUUAGAAAACCUAAACCUGGCUUUCCCCACGUACGUUUACUGUUGUCUCAAUCUAUCACAAUUGAAAGGGCCACUAGACAUUUAGGGAAUGUAUUUCGUAGUAGGGACAUUCUUUCAAAAUAUAUUUGAUUUAAUUAGCAUCUGUAUAGGAGUUGUUACCCGUGAUCAAGCAUGGAAUGCCACUAUUUAACAUCUAAGGUUCCCAGGUUUGGUUUGACACACAUAUGGUUUCUCUGGUGGUGAACAUGCUUGCUGUUCUGUUCAUUACAUGGAAGUGAAACAUUUCAACAAUGUCGUAAUUUGUAUUGAAUGCCUGUAAAAAUGUGUUUGAAGUAUUUGAACUGUUUGUAUGCAAAAGUCCUAAUGUAUAACAAAGCAAAUGAUUAUAUUUAUGACAAUGUGUGUGGGUACAUGGGUGCUCUAAGGAGAUAUUACACUGUAGUUGUAGUUGGUCAGCUGUCAUUAUUCACUCUUGUUUUGAUGUAUGCAUAACAUUUUGGUAGGCAUUCUUCAGUCCUGAUUGGUUAAACAUUUGAAUUGUAAAUUGUUGUGUGUACAGUAUAUAUAUAUAUAAAGGACACAUGUCUGUUUCUUUGUGAAGCAUGAGGGUGUUUACCAUUCUGAUGCAAGUGGUCUUUAUCCACGGUGAGAACUGUUGCUGAUGAAUAUAAGUAUUAUCUGAUUUCAAGUGACCAUAGAUAAUGUCUGUUUUCUCCUUCUCAGGUCUGUAAUCCCCUGUAAACUAUCCAUCUGUGGAGAGUGAAAUGUAGAUGUUUUCCUCAAGACCAGUUAUCCGUGUCAGUGUUUCCCCUUUAUCCGUUUAGCAGCGGCGCACCGUAGAGAUUUUAUAAUGUAGAUAUAUAUACCCCAAGACGACACCCUGCUCCCACUACCUCUGCCACCGCUGCUGAAGACCCCCACCCAUUACUUCUGCCACCACUGCUGAAAAAUCUUAGGGGAAACGCUGCAUGUACAUUUUCUGCUUUUUUUUGUUGUAAUUUUGAGUUUAAAUGAUCUGAGCUCCUUGUCUUUCCACUGCUGUGAACGGGCUGAUAUGCAUACUCUUUUUGGAGAGAUGGUACUCGAACAGAACAGCGAUAAGAACUUUCUCAGACCAGUUGGCCUUUUACUUAGUUGUGAUUUUGUUUGUCGUUCGUUUUUUUUUUAUCUAAUGAAUUACGGUGUUACUGAUAAGACAAUUAGCUUGAGCCCUUAAAUUAAAAUGAACCCUAGAGUCUGACUUCCAUUUUAAUGUUCAUAACAUCCAACUUGCUGUGACCAUGUGUUUGUCCCAAAUGGCAUCCUAUUUCUUACGUAGUGUACUGCAUUUGACCUGAGCCCUUUGGGCCCUGAUUAAAAGUAGUGCAUUAUAAUAAUCAGGGUUCCGUUUGGGAUGCAUUUGACUGUAUUCUUAUGGGGGUCUCCAACUUGAGUGUUCCAUCCUGUCCUCACCAACUGUUCAUGUAUAGUAUUUUUAUUUUUUAAAUGUAUGUAAAAGUUAAUGGUAUUUAUCCAUGGAGAUGAAAGAUCGUUUGGCUGAUCCCUAUGGCAAAAGGCCCAAAAAUAUAAUUUGUAAUAGUAUUUGGCGUGGGUUUCAUACAUUGAUCCAGCUUUGUUCAUUACUUUUGAGCAUUUCUAAAUGGACCUUUGGUGUAAUACUGGGUUGGCCAUCUUAGUCUUGGAGAGCCUCAGUGCUGAAGGGUUUCACUUGAAUGGAAGACAUUUGCAUUGAAAGUCCAACUUGUUGGUUUAAAAGUAUGCUGCUUGAGAGAUGGCCAUGAAUGCACAUGGCUUACAUUGAGGCCCUCUAGGUCCUUGGUUGGUCGCCUAUUGUAGUGGUGUCAUUCCUAAUGUAAAGGAAGAUUUCUAGAUCAUACUUCAGUGAGUGUUUAAUAUGUUGAUGUGGUGAAUCCAUUGUUUUGACAUGUAAAAGUGGGUCCUCUUUACUUCAUAAUUGUCCUUGAAAGAAUAAAAUAUUCCAACCUGA